AUGUCUGAAGACUCGGACUACGAGCCGUCGCAAGACGUUGAGAGUCAGAUCGAGUCCAUCGCCAGUCGUCUCGUCCAUCGCACCGGCAAUCACGGCCCGCUCGAUCCACAAGUCCUGGCUUACUUGAGCUCGCAGUCGGAUACCCAGGUAUUCGGAUGGGGUGAGAGUGCCGACAGCAUGCCCGCUGACGACUGUGAGUAUGCCACGAAUAUCUCUUAG